UGACAUCCACUCGGAGGCCGCCAGUGAGCGCGCCAGCUUUCGGCUUCCUCAGAGCUCUUCAUCAGGUCCUUCAGUCUGAGGUAAGCUAUAAAUCCGGCAGUGACGUGAGAGCAGCAAUAGCAGAAGCACACGUUCUUUCCCCAGCUAGUACCACUCUGGGAAACGCUCUAGAAGAAAUCGGCCCACGAAGGGAGUACACGGAGCCCUGAGGAGCCAUGGCCUUAGACACAGUGAAGGAGCUGCUGAGCUUUGACUGUGGCUCGCUGGUGGCUUAUAAGCUGGACAAAAACUCCCAGCUGGACUCUAUCAGCUUUCAGACCCUUCUCAUGAGGGAUGUCUUUUUGAAUCACCCAGAGGUUGUGCUUAUUCAUCGAACCCACAACCCAUGGGGAAAGGCCCUCUACGUGUUCAUGGUGGACAAGCCUUUCCUGAAGCCCGAGGGAGAGAUGGCCAAAGUGAUACACUUUUCGGUCCCAACCAGGGAAUCGGCAGAAGGCCUGGCUCACCUGUACCGCACCUUCAAGGCCUUCAACCCUGAAUGGAAGCAAAUCAAGACCUUCCUGGUGGACCCACGCUUCCGGUUGCUGCCAUCCCUGUCGGAGGCUUUCCCGUCUGCAGAUAUCCAGCUCUCUGUCUUCCAUAUAUGCAAACACUUGCAGCACAAGAUCCACCAGGUCUCCCUAGAAUUCCACGUAGAAAGGCUGGUCCUGAGUGUCUUGAGGAACGCUAUGUGUGCCCCUAGCGAGAGUAACCUGAGAAAGAUGCAGAGCAUCUUGAGUGACUUUGUGAAACCCAACCUGUUACCCCAGAUCCACAAAGACUGGCUGGUUAAUGAAAAGAUCUGGGCCAUGCACCGCUGGCGGACCUGGGGGGAGUGCAGUCAGUAUUUCAAAGAUCUGGAGAUGAUCACACGUAACUUAAGUCAAGUCUUCUGCAUAGGACCCUCGCUGGAGACCUGCAUCACCAGCAUAGCAAAGAAUUACCAGAAGAGUGUUUUGAAGAGCUCCCUGGGGGUCGUGCUGUGCCCAGCUGCCCUCCCCAGUCUGAAUAUCUCGACCAUUCACAAUGUGCUGGUUCUUAGCUCAUCCCCUGCAAGCUAUCGGAGGCCUCUGCUUCCUCGGGAUCCUCCUCCUCCUCCUCCUCCUCCUCCUCCUCCUCCUCCUCCAGCAGCCCCACAGACCCCUUUGAAGCCAAAGGUCGAGAUUGUUGCUGAAGAUGCAGGUUGUGAGCAGGACGCAGCGGUCACUGCCAAGGAGGCCGAAUGGUACAUCAAGCAGUCCCUGAGCGACAUCUGCACAGGGCCGGCAGCCAGGCUGUGCUUGAAUGAGUUUGCCGUGGUCCAAAGUUCCAUGCACUUGAUGGGAACCCACGAAGACACGGUCAACAUACAGCUCCUGGAGGAUGCCCAGACGGUGCGCCACAAGGCCCUCAGCAGCUGCACGUGCCACUUCAGGCAAACGUUCCAGCUGCCCUGCAGGCACGUCCUGGCUGUGCUGAACGCCGAAGGGAAGGCUCUGGAGCUGCAGAGGAUUCCCGUGCAGUGGCGUAAAGGGCAGGCCGCCGCCCAGCGGGGCAAGACCGGCACCGACGGCCUCUUGGAGGUCCUGAGAAGUUCUUGGGAUGAGCUGCUAGAUAAGUACCUGGCUGUGUCGUUUCUGACCACGGAGAUCAGCCGGCUGCUGAGCCAGUGCAGCCACGAGGAGUUUGAUCGGCGAUACAGCACCCUUCGGGAGCUGGCUGACAGCUGGAUUGGGCCUUAUGUGCAGGUGAAGCUAUGAGCCAGACCCAGGGCUUCUGGUACUCAGCGGGGACAGAACCUGCUGUCUUGUUACGGUCUCCUUGCUCUGGCUUUCCACCGAAGUGCUGGGAACGCAACGUUAGAGCUGUGAGCUGUGGCCUUUCUCUUUUGUGAGAGUGAGCCGGAGCCAAAAUUGGACGUGCACAAAUCUGUGCUCCUAGGUGGGACUUGACACACCUGGAGACCACCCAGAAGAGCUCCAGGGAUGCCUGGCAUGAAUCAUGGGCAGGGGGCCCAAAUCUGACGCAGGCACACGCUCACGCCCCCUCACCUCUCCACACUGCUGUUACCCCAAGAGCGUUCGCAUAAUGUCUCCCUCCAGCGUUGCGCCGCCCGUUCCCCUGCACCUUUUUGCAUCUCU